GGUUCGUGUAAGAACUACGGUACCCUGCGGCAACGCAUGCGCAGAAGUAGCUAUAAAACUUCAGUAAAAUCCUGCCCUCUGAUUGGCUAAAAUACAUCUUCGGGUGUUUUCCGUAUCUUAUCCAUUGAUUGACAAACAUUUAAAUUAAGAAUAAAACAAAGGUUGGAUUGUUACAACUUAUCCCCGAGUUUUGUCCGAAUCGUAUGUUCGGAAGUUACAUUUCCGACCUAGCGCUCACGUCGCCAUUUUGAAUUCUACAUGCUUCCUCCUCGAUAUAUUAAGACAAGUCUCUCGCUAUUCAUUAUCUCUUCGAAAAUAGUUUGAAAAUCUAUUGUAUAUAUUUUAAAGAAACGCUUCUGAGUUCUGUUUGCUUGCAAACUUUGUCCGAGAAGUUAGAAAAGCUUGUCAUGGUGUUCAAAAGGCAGGCAUGUUGCUGCCCAAACCACGAGGCUUGGUGUGGCAGUAAGCCUUCAGAUGUGGAACAGAGGUCCCUGAGAAAGGCGAACAGAGUAGAGAAAGUUUUCUUGGAGCUAGAUGACAAAGGCAAAAAGGGCUGGUCUAGAAGCAUUUGUAUGUACUGUCGACAGCGAGUCGAUUUGGAGCUUGGAAACAAACGCAUGAAAACUUCACACGAGAGCUGUAGAGAUGAAACUGCCUCAAGUUCCAGCGUGUUUUUCCAACCGGAAACCUCUGAGACCAGCGCCGCUGCUGAAGCCGCGUUAGAACCAUUCCAGGACAUUGAGGAAACCUCUGCACUAGGGCAAAUUUUGCCGUCAUCAGUUGAUGCUGUACGACUCAUGAAAGCAUCAACUAAACUAAGAGACAUAGAACUAAAGGACAUAGAACUAAAGGACAUAGAACGAUACGGCGUUUGGUGAAGCGAAGAUAUUUUUUUAGAAAAUUGUAAAAUAUAAAUAUCAGCAAUAACCCGCAAUUGUCAGUAAGAGCAGUGGAAUGCUUAUGCGGAUGCAAAAAGCUGAAAGAAAUAGUGAAUAUAAAUGCAGCCCGUCUGGAGCCAGAAGAAUUACAAUUUCUUCGCAGAAAUUUUCCGUGAGUCCUCAUGGCCUACUAUGUAUCGAAGACGGAGACCCCGAUUAUAAGCUGGACACUCUCGAAUUCAUCAAUGAGCUUAUGGAACAAACCUUGCUUGCGGCUUGUUUUAAGAAAAUAUUGUGCGUUCUGUCUGUGUCGAUAAAAUAAUAAUUAGAGGACUGCUACUACUGUGAAUUCCAGUAAACUUUAUUGCUGUGGCUUGUAUGCGAUAAUAGUUGUAUUGAGGAUCGAAUAAAGCAAAAUUGGUAACUUUAUUUAAAUGCGUGAAUCGUUUUAGUUGUCAAUCUUAACAUGAAAAUCGUUGUCAAAAAUCUUUGAAAGAAAAAGUGACUUUCUUUGGAAAGCUAAAUUCUACCACACUAACAGGCUUUUGGAAAUGUGAGACCGUAUUUUCACACGUUUAGCCAGCGGAAUGUUUGCUUUGGCAAGAGACAAAGCGCAAAAUUGUAAUAAGUGAAGUAUAAAAAGUUAUUAGCAGAUAUCCGAAAGGGAUUUCUCCAUGCUCCGAACAUACGAUUUUAACAAAAAUGCAAAGGUUGAAAGCUUUCUUACUUCGAACCUAAGCCCCCUAAUAAAUAUGAGUGCAAGAGCACUUAUUUCAGAGAAAUGUGACUCCAAAGUUCAAAUUUGGCGGGCAGAGCGUCUUGAACCAAUAAGCAUAGCAAUAUUAAUUAGAUUAGUUAAAAAGAUAACGAACCCCUAUUGCCGCAGGACCUAUCGAUUCACCGUAGUUCUUACACGGAGCAAAUAAAGUUGAUGCUAUUAUUGUCUUUCUGUUGGAUGACAAUUUAUUCGGAGUCUUCAUAAUAAAUUUUGCCAAGGUCAAGCCUUUUUUGUCGCACAUAUCACAAAAUGUUUUGCGUGAGUACCCUUAAUCCAAGCCAUAAUUUUGUAAAUGAUAUUUUCCAAGGUACAGGAAGUAGCGGAUUAAGGAAAAAACACACAAAACUCAGUAAACAUUCGUAUAAAAUUGUUAGACUAUAAAUAUGCAUGAUGUAUAGAAUUGCUAAAGUUAAAAAUAGACAUUACAUAAGCAUUGUUUGGUUAUACAACAAAAAAAAGAUUAUAACCUCAUUAAGUUUUACUCAUUUGAAUUUGACAUAUUUUUGUUUUGAUUGAGUCAAAAGACUUUCUCCCCUGUUCUUUCUAGAAUCUUCAACAUUUUUGUGAGCUUAAGUACUUGAGUUUUUAUUCAAUGCCGACUAAAAGAUAUCUUGUAGCGCGCAACAAACAAAUUAUCGAAAAUAUUGAUAACUUAAAAACAAGCAUAGCCUCCAGCAAACGUGACGCGUGCCGGAGCGGACGCUCCCGUCUUCUGGUUGAGUGACCUGGCCUGGAUUAAGCUGAGCAGCCUGGCCUUAAUAUGAGAGUAUAAAAGCCGACCUCCUAUGUAACUCGAUAACAGAUUUGAUCGCUUAUAUUAAGAGUGUUACGCACAUUCGUUUGAUCAUAAAACACGAGCCGCUCUCUGUUUAUCUAAGAAAACAUUUGAAUCGUCGACUGCGAGGCAUCAAACGACAACAAGGAGAAAAAAGAAAAUAUUUAUCCUGAGGUUUAAAGAAAAAAGUGUCAAUUUAAGAAAAAGGAAAUAUGACUAAGACCGAUGCGUGCGGAUUCUCCAAGCGAAUUAAUUACACCAGUACAUUGAACCAAGAAGAUUACAGAAUCGCACAGAUGGCCUUUCCGGAUUUUUUCCAAGAGAAAAACGAGGAAAAGAGACAAACAAAGAACCCAAAUAAAAUAGACAUUCCUUUCGGCGAGAAAGAAGUCGCACGAGGGAAACAAAGACGAAGACGAAGCACGGCCGCCAUUCUGGGCGAAAAGGAUGUUAACCUAGUGGAAUGGCUUAGAAAGGAAUACGGAAUGUAACGGAUCCAAUCGGUACGUGACAUAAGGGGCACGAGGAACGCUAAGCACUCUUAAGACAAGAGGGACACCUGAUGUCAUCCAGCAAAAAUGAGCACGAACUUUAGAGAGAGAGUCAAGGAGUUCCUUGAACAGCGAAGAUGAUGGAGUUCCCACCGUUUAAAAACAGGAAUUCAAAACGCGAUUUUUAUCGCUAAAUGUAACGCUGUUAUGACUAAAAUUCCAAGAACUUGGAUAUCGAAGCAUUGAAAACAUCCUUUUAUCUGCCGUGGUCAGGAAAUUCAUUUCCUCGGUUGUUAGCACUCGGAAAACCGUAUCGAGUAUCGUGAGAGGAGAAAACCACAACAUUUCACCAGGCGCCAUAGGUUAAAAGAGGUAUUUAAAAACAAUGUUUUGAUAACAUGGACACGAUAUUUGAACGUGAUACUGAACCGAAGUGUACGGUCAAACAUGAUGAUCUGUAAAUAUUCUUUUUAAAUAAAACUUGUUUGAUCAAAAA